AUGCAGUCGGAAUCAAAACAGUCGCAGGAGCAGUGUACCCCUGUACAACCGCAGGCCACGCCGUCAAAGCCUCCUGAUAAGGGCCUGCGGGCCUGGUUACACGUCUUCUACUGCCACAUGGUCUUUUUCAACACCUGGGGUCUCGCCAACAGCUACGGUAUCUUUCAGGUAUAUUACACACAGACUCUGGAUCAUCCCCCCAGCGACAUUGGGUGGAUUGGCGGCAUUCAGAUGUUUCUUCUGCUGUUUGGGGGGGUCUUUUCCGGCCGCGCCAGUGACGCGGGGUAUUUCCGACAAUGCUUCGUGGCUGGCGUGAUUUUACAGGUCCUCGGUCUCUGUAUGGCGUCCCUGAGCACCUGGUACUACGAGGUUCUCCUCAGCCAGGCCGUCUGUGUCGGCAUCGGGAGCGGUCUCGUCUUCACGCCGGGCCUGUCCGUCAUGGGCUCCUACUUCCACAAGAAUCGCUCGAUUGCAGUAGGCCUGGCAGCGGCCGGGGCCGCCACCGGAGGCAUGGUCUACCCGGCAACAGCCAAUGCGUUGCUAUUCCAUUCCGACGUGGGGUAUCCGUGGGCGAUGCGCAUCCUUGCCCUCGUGCUGCUGGCGGCGCAUGUCCCGGCCCUGGUGGGAUACCGUCCGUAUCUCCCGCCGCGGUCCACAGGCCCGGUCAUCGAGUGGCACGCGUUCCGGGAACGGCCCUUCGUCUUCUUCACAGCCAGCAUGUUCCUGAAUUUCUGGGGCCUGUACAUGGCGUUCUACUAUCUGGGUACAUUUGCCCGAGAACAGAUCCAUAUCACCGCCUCGGUCGACCUGCUGAUUGUGCUGAACGGCGUCGGCGUGAUCGGGCGUAGCUGCCCUUGCAUCCUGGGCGAGCGAUUCACUGGCAUCGUGAAUAUAACCAUCUUCUGCUCCAUUCUCUGCGCGGCAUGUGUGUACUGCUGGACCGCUGUCAAUGAUUCAGCAGGGUUAUACGCGUGGGCCGUGGUAUACGGCAUCGUCGCUGGAGCCGCACAGGCGUUGUUUCCUGCGAUGGCAACGCGGCAGACAAGUGAUAUCAGUCGAGUGGGGACGAGAACGGGGAUGGUUCUGACGAUUGUGAGCUUUGCCUGUCUCACGGCGCCGGCGAUCCAGGGCGCACUCAUCCAGGCCGACCAGCAGAGGUAUCUCGGGGCGCAAGCCUUUUCCGCGAGUUCUAUUGUUCUGGGGGUGGUGUUUUUGUGGCUGCAUCGGUGGAGUCGGGUUGGUUUAUCGUUGAAAGUCAAGGUUUAG